CUCGUACUGUACAGUACAUCGCCUCGUCCCCGCUAUCUAUCCACAGUACUCGUAAAUUAUUAUGCCUGGCCAUCGUCCGCUCAUCAAAAUCUCAUCAUCUACCGUCCAAUACGCUACCAGCACUCCGCAGUGGGAUACCGGCACUAUACCCGAGCGAUAAAAAAGGAUACCGGAUAAUAGAAUAAGCCUGAAGCUCAACAAUAAGCUCCCCCCCCGACGAUAUCUACCGGUACCCACGGCCCCCCGCUGCUAUCAUAUGUUAGCUUAUUCCCUCCAUGAGCCCUCGCAUCCAAUCCUUCAUUCCCCGGCCUCACCACCUCACUCCAAAGCUCUCGUACCGGUAUUGCCCACGGCUAAAGCUCAAGCCACGAAACCCAACCCCGACCGGGGCCGGGGUUCACGACGGAGUAGGUGCCGGUACCGAUAUGAUACCAGUACGAGUACUAGUACUUUCCACGUUCUCUAAUCCGCCAGCACGGGUCCAAAUAAGCAAGUAGGUCUAUGAGCACCGGGGUUCUCCGAGUUAUGAUACCAUGUCGUCGGCACGUGUUAUGAUAUGUCUCCGGGAUGCCAUGCCGAGUAACACAGCACCCGAAGAAGAUUUCCUUCCUUCAACCCGUUUGCCGCCUUUUUCGAUCGGUUCGUGCUGAGUUUGCUUUUUUACUUUUUUUUCCUUCACUUUUCUUUUCUUUUUGCAUUUUUCGGGGGGGGUACGGUGAAGGCGGCGGAUUAUGGUGUGGUACCGGUAUCCCAUGGACUGCUGAAACGUUGAAGAAGAAAAAAAAUGUUUGUGUCCCGUGGCUUUCGGGGCGGCGGCGUUUCAGCUGUAGCCGGUAUUUCCAUGGAUUUGUUUGCCGUGUACAGUACGAUAUACGCGUGCGUGGCAGACGGGGCUAGAUUUUGGGUGGUUUUGGGGUCGGGAUGGAUUCUGAGUCGUGAAAUAUGUGGUGAGAAGCAGGCCUACAGGUAACUUAUGAGUUUCUCCCCUUGACUCUCGACUUGUAGAUACAAUACAUGUGCAUUAAUUAUGUCCUGGCCGAUGACAAUCCGGAUAGGCGAACCGACGGGACUUCGAGUUGGAAGCUGCCUUGGGCCACUUGCUCUGACGCCGUGUCGGGCACCCCUGCAUCUUGCGCUGUCGGAGGUGUAUUUGCCUUCUUCGUGUUUCCGGCUUGUGUGAUAGCACCUCCGAUUCGAGGUAUAUGGUAAUCCUCUCCCGUUCGCUCAUGUCUUGCUCAAUCGGAUUAGUGUUUCCUGGCUCAUCGCUGGGUACUGUACCGCCGUUUCCCCCCAACCGCCAAUUUCAUGCUCCGUCCCAGUUGUUGGGGGUAGAGAAUUCAAAGGAUGGGGGAGACGCUAGGAUGCUAUCUAUAAAAGUAAAGAACAAGGCAGAAGGUUAGGAAAGCUGGAAAGCUUCGGGGGUUUAAAAGCUGGGGUACGAUGCAGUGAUAAGAUAUCUUUGCUCAAUAACUUGAAAGUCUGGAAAAAGUUUUUUGUCAGUUAUCAUAUAAUAAUAAUUAUUAUUAUGAAAAGAACAUGCAUCUAGAAGCAGGUAUCAUAUGAGCAAAAAAACUUAAAGUGAACAAGCUAGCAAAAAAAAAAAAAAAAUCUUUUUCAAUUUAAA